AUGUGUUUAAGAAAGGUGUUAAUUAGAGUCCUAGUAAAUGCUAGACCCUUCGUCCUGUGCCCUAGACCCUUCGUCCUGUGCCCUAGACCCUUCGUCCUAUGCCUUAGGCCCUUAGUUCUGUGCCCUAGACCCUUCGUCCUGUGCCCUAGGUCCUUCGUCCUGUGCCCUAGACCCUUCGUCCUGUGCCCUAGGUCCUUCGUCCUGUGCCCUAGACCCUUCGUCCUGUGCCCUAGGUCCUUCGUCCUGUGCCCUAGACCCUUCGUCCUGUGCCCUAGGUCCUUCGUCCUGUGCCCUAGACCCUUCGUCCUGUGCCCUAGGUCCUUCGUCCUGUGCCCUAGACCCUUCGUCCUGUGCCCUAGGUCCUUCGUCCUGUGCCCUAGACCCUUCGUCCUGUGCCUUAGGCCCUUAGUUCUGUGCCCUAGACCCUUCGUCCUGUGCCCUAGACCCUUCGUCCUAUGCCCUAGACCCUUCGUCCUGUGCCCUAGACCCUUCGUCCUGUGCCCUAGGUCCUUCGUCCUGUGCCCUAGACCCUUCGUCCUGUGCCCUAGACCCUUCGUCCUGUGCCCUAGACCCUUCGUCCUGUGCCCUAGACCCUUCGUCCUGUGCCCUAGACCCUUCGUCCUGUGCCCUAGACCCUUCGUCCUGUGCCCUAGGUCCUUCGUCCUGUGCCCCUUCCCCCAAUCUAGGCCAAUCCCUGGUAGAAGAAUUGCGAGGCAGGAACCAAAAAAUCCAAUUCUUCAGUUAAUACCUCCGCCUCGUGUGCUUCUUCAGGCUUCGCAUCACACGCCGUGA